AUGAGAAACGAUAAUGGCCAAUUUUCAGAAUUCAGCGGAAUUAACCCUAAACCUGAUUCUGUGAGAACAUUGGAUGAUUAUCUUUUAGCACUGAAGGAAGAUGUGGAGGAAUACGCGCUACUACAAAUCGGAUUCUGCCUCGCUACAUACUCGAACUCUUCCGCCGAGGCGAAGUGGAUUUUACACCCCUAUAACUUCUAUACAUAUUCUUCUGAGAUUUAUAACACCAUUUUCUUGAAUGACACACUGCUCUGGCUUAGAGACAACGGAUUUAGCCUGGACCGCUGGGUAGAUGAAGGGUGCGUUUCCUUGUUAAAAGGCAUGUUCAGAGUGGACUUUAAGAGACUGGGAGAUAUGCAUAGCGACUCCGUGUCCUUCAUAACGAAGAGGACCAGGAACAAUGGACUCCACCACCUCAUCAAGUCUAUAAUCGAGUACAGAAUACCAUUAGUCUUUCACAACGGAAUGCUCGACAUUCUGCACCUGUAUGAUAAAUUUAUCGGACCUCUGCCGGAGAACCCAGUGGAAAUAUCAAGGGAGAUCACAAGAUUCUUCGUCGGAGGGAUCUUUGACACCAAAGAGCACCUCACUUCCAAUGUUAUUCACAAACUUGAACAGGUAAGCAGUUUAAGAAAUAAAAAUAAUCAGUAUGCACGAUAUGAAUCAAAUAGCGAAGCUGUCACUGGACAGAGCCCACCUGGAAUACCUGGACAAGGUAGAGCCCGAGAGAACACACUAAUGAGUAGAACACGGGAAAAAUAA